GCAUGUCAGGGAGUUUUCCACAAGCCACAGACACAUAUGAUCAUGCACACACCUGAAGUUACAGAAGCUACUCUGCAUUGUAAAGGACUCAAGAUCACGUUUAGGUGAUUGAAACCGGACACCCUGCACCAAUACAUUUUACAAGUGUGUUGAUAGAAGUGUAGUUCGCAUCCGUGGGUUCUCUCCUCCACCGACCCAGCUGUAGAGACAUGUGGUGGGUAUUGGUCCUGCUGCUAUCCCUGGCCAGCCGGGCUCAGUCUUUAGAAAAGCUCAACAUGUGUAUGGAUGCCAAACACCACAAAAAAGAGCCUGGCGCCGAAGGACAACUCUAUAAACAGUGUGCUCCAUGGAAAGAUAAUGCCUGUUGUACAGCUAACACCAGCGCGGAGGCCCAUGAUGAUAACUCCUAUCUGUACAACUUCAACUGGAACCACUGUGGCGUCAUGACCUCCAAAUGCAAGAAACACUUUACCCAGGACACCUGCUUCUACGAGUGUUCACCUCACCUGGGGCCCUGGAUACAGCAGGUGGACCAGUCUUGGCGUAAGGAGCGGAUCCUAUACGUGCCUCUGUGUCAGGAGGACUGCCACAGCUGGUGGGACGACUUUCAGCCUCUUCCAUCCUCUCCUCCCUCUCUCUCAGGCCGUAACCGUUGUCCUGCUGAGGCUAGUUGUCGUAAGUGGACAGAUAUCUUCCCUACAGCCCAGAUAAUGUGUGAGAAGAUCUGGUCUGACUCCUACAGCUACACCAACCUGCCCAAGUCUUCUGGCCACUGCAUGCAGCUGUGGUUCACCGGGAAGAACCCCAACAAGAAGGUGGCGGAAUACUACCUGAACCACGCCCCCUGGCAACGUGUUACCCCCGCCUCACUCCUCCUCCUGGCAACAAUGUCAUUAAGCAUUGUCCUGCUCUGAAUAAAACCACAGAUGUUCAUGUCAUG